CAGCAUCUGGUGACAUAGGGAAGUAUUGCACAGUCUAUUAGACACUGGGAACAAGCAAGUCCAACUGAGAGUUCUAGCCAUAACAUGCCUGUUAUAUUUACGAAGAAUCCUUUCAUAACCCUUUGAUUGCCAGUUCUUGACUAGAGUAUGGAUCUUGGAAAGGCAAAACUUUCGAAAACUGGUCUCAACACUUUAUUUCAAGCAAUCCAUCCCUUACAUGGCUUAGCCUGGACAGACGGCAGACAAGCUGUAUUGACGGCCUUGCAUCUUGAUAACGAAGAGCCAAAAUUUGGCAACUCUGUGGUUAUCGGACAGUUUGAACACGUGCAUGGUCUAUAUUGGGGACCAGCUAUUGGUAGUGACAUCCCAGCUUUAUUGGCAAUUCAGCACAAGAAACAUGUCAGUAUUUGGAAGCUUAAUAAUGACCCAUCUGGAAAAACUAAGCUAGUUCUUUCUCAGACUUGUGAGGCUGCUGAUCCCCUUCCAGUGCUACCCAGUGGCUGUGUAUGGCAUCCAAGCAAAGAUGUCUUGGUCAUCCUUACAAAGCGUGAUAUUUCUGUCUUACAUUCUGUGACUUGUAAUAGUGAUACUGUAAAAGCAGAUAUUAAAGGCUGGGGUGUCAUUCACUGUGCAUGCUGGACUAAAGAUGGUGACCGUGUGGUGGCAGCUAUCGACAAUGCCCUUCACUCUUACACAUGGAAUGAUGACCUCAAAACCUUAAAUCCUUGUUACUUUUGUCCUGUUUUUGAGAUUAAUGGCACAAUUAAUGCUAUUCAGCCUAUCAUGGGCAACCAAGUUGUUGUAACGACAGGAAUCUCAAUAGAUAACCUUCAUUGUUGGAACAAGUAUACCCCACCGGACAGCUCAGCCUUACUGUCCUCAUUGCUUGUGCAAGAUGAAGAGGUUUCCCAGAAUAACAGAAGGAUAUCCAUAGAUUCAGGAAGAUCAGAACCAAAUGACUUGAUAAAGACCUCUUCACUUCUUCCAGCAGAUCUUUCUCAGAUCCUUGCAAGACAUCGUAACUCUGACCCCAGUCAUCUUAUUCAAUUUAGACACAAGUACUUCUCAGCUGAAGCUAGACACAGUAUACCAAGCCUCAUCAUUGUAUGUUUCGAGAAGAAUUCCACCACUACCAGAAAAAUAUCCAUCCCGGGUAUUUCAACCCCUGAUAUAUUAGUUGUUGAUUCUCAAGCUAAAAGAGUAAUUGUAGCAUCAAACAAAUCAAAUCAUAUUUUGGUGUAUCCAAUCAAUCCAUCAAAUAUGUCUGGAAUUCAAGAGCUGAAACUGGGAGAGAAAGAAAGAGCCAAAGGAAUCUGUUUUCUCACAGAUUCAACAUUACUGGUCUUGGUUGGAAGGCAAAAGACAAAUGAUGUAACAUUUCUGCCUUUAUCGAGCUAUGAAAAAUAUAUGGUUCAUUUGAUUACCAAAAAAAUAAUGACUACAGAAUCUACUUUGCCAGCUCUUAAAGGUGGUCAGAAUUUAAUGUUAGAUUGCAUUUCUAGCUUCUGCACACCAGAAAACAAUCCAUUUUGUGACCAUAAUAAUAGUUUUAGCAAGGAGCUCUUGAUGCCAAACAGUAUUGGUGUUCGAGCUCUGCAUGAACCGAAAAAAGAGACAGAAAUUAUUAGCUGUAAACAUUCUCCAUCUCUGGAUCUUGAAGACCUACAGAAUAUUGAUAUUGAAUCAUCGAGCCAUAUCACAUCUACCCUGCAUCCCAAUAGCAGAAAACUGUUCAGAAUGUUUUCUCAAGAUCUGGAUGGCCAUCAAAACCCCUCCAACCCAACAGAACAUCAUCCCAGCACUUCUAGUAUAGGAGAACUUGUGUCGUUCAGACAAAAUAGUGGGAAUAAAGAAUCAGUCUUAACAGAUUCACAUUUUUGUCUUUCUGAAGUGAAAGAAUUGCUAAACAAGCAAACACAGUUACUACCAUAUCCAUAUUGUGAAGAUCCUGAAUAUGUUUCCAUUGUGUGUACGGUAUGUACUUAUUCUUUUGUUUCAUAGUUCCAGAUGUAUUCAUAAAUCUGGGGAGUUUAUUCUAAAAUUAGCAAUUUUCUUAGUGAACAAGCCCCAGACCGUUUCUGAAAUAUUUUGAUUCUGAAAUUUUAACUACUUGUUUAGCCAUUAUGUGAUCUGCAAUAGUGUUAACAAAAAGUACUUGAAACAAAAAAACACUAAUUAUAUGCAUGAAGAAAAUAACAAUGAUGAAAAAAACAUUAUUAUUUUGAAUUAAGCAUAAAUGUUAAACUAAAACAAUGAUGAUUGUAUACUAUUUUGCAUUAUACUGAAAUGAGAGAACAAGGAUAGAGAGGUAGAAGGUUGCAAGCGGAGCAGUAUGUGUAUGAUGCUAUUUUAUUGUCUUGUGUAUCAUGUACUACUUAACAAUAGUUGUUUUAUAUACAUGUAUCUCUAUAAACUCCUGUACCAGUGAUAUACAGAUUUUUGCAUGUGCUCCACAUUUUCCUGAUCAUGUAUGUUUCCAACAAAUAUGCUCUUUUGGGCAAUUUGCACUUUUUUGCAAAUCUAUGAAAAAUAGGUUAAAACUUACCUUGAAUCCAACACCAGGCCCAGUUCUUUACAAUCGAUUCUCUGUCUUCUUUGUCGACACACAGCGUCUUCCUCUUAUCAUUCUUUGUCCAGUCAAAUGCUUCUCAUAGAGAAGUAUUGUCGGACCACUGAGCGCUACACUGUGCACGCGCUGGGCGUUCUUGUUCACCAGCGGUGAGAGGAGCUGAGAGACAGCUCAUUUAGCCAUUAAAGCCCUUCCUCCUCUGUGUCGCCAAGGAGGGCAAGGAGGGAAAACUGUACAGAGGGUGGUGAGGUGGACAAGGGGAGAGGAAAGGCUGGGCAUAAAAGAGGGAGGGUAGAACAAACAGCUUGGAGUAAUUCUUUAAGUGUAGUUUACGUACCCAAAAGAAAAACAAAAAUGUCAUUGUAAGUCAUGGGAAAUGCCUAUUUUUGUAUUCGUUACCAAAUAUACAAAAAAAAAAAAAAAUCCGUAUUAGCUGAUAUAUCAUAAUCAAUGUACCCAUAGUACUGCACUGCAUGUUAGAGUUGUACAAAUAAUUCUAUACAUAGAAAUAGUAAGGUACAGAAGGUGCUGUAAUUGAAGGCAAUGCCACUUCAACGUGAUAAAAAGGAAUCCUUUCAUCGGUUGAAUGUGAAAUCUCCUUCUCCUAUGAAUGGUGUUCUGACCUUGUACUUUUUAUUCAGUUCUGUUGACUAACACGACCUCGGAGGACUCUUUCUAUAGGCAUUAAAUAUAUUUAUAUACAGUUAUGGUAUGUCCUGACAAGGUAACAAUAUAGACAUCCUUAUAUCGUAAAUAAAAUCUUCCUAUUUACUAUAAAAAUCCAUUUACCCAUUCUGACAUCUACAUAGCGCAAGCUUUUCUUAUGCAUUGCCUAUACAUUUUAUCUUCAUUCUUCUUAUUUCUCAUUUUCUCUGUAUUCAGCUCCCUCUGUCUCCUGGAAAUUGGAAUCUUUUCAAUGUUUCGACAGAGGAGCGUGUGAUUAAUAUAUUAUGCGUGUAAAAAAAUGAAUUAAAACCUUUUUAUGCCUAUAUGAAAUUGUACGAAGUUGAUAAAAGUCUGAUGGGUUAUAGGCCUUAGGACAUAGCACCCGCAGGAAAGAUUACCAGAAGCCUUCCUCAUUCUCCUUAAGCAGCCACCAGGUAAUAUCAAACUAUCUGCUGCGAAUAUCAGAAGAUUGGAGGUUAUGUAUAAAAAGUGUUGCUUUUUAUCCACCAUUGUUUUGGUGCUUUAAUAUCUAUUUCCCAAGCUCUUCACCACAAUUGGUGCGCCCCUUUUUUUGCUUUGAAAAUCUUGUGCACACACCAAGACAUUACACAGACAUUACACACACAGCACCCAGUCUCCCAUCCACAAACAUAGUUCAGUCACCACACACCACACUCAACCAGCAUACACAGAGAUACUCCUCCACCACAUACUACUCUCAGCUUCUUCAACAGACAAAGAAGUCAGCCACUACAUACACUAUCACACACAACACCCAUACACAUACAAAACCCAACCACAGAUACACGCUCACACACCACUCACAGAAACAAAGCCCUGAGGGGCCAUGGGCAAUCUUAAUCCAAUUCUGCCUCCUGCAAUAUUGUACAAAUUAAGUUACGGCGCACACAUAAAAAUACACUAAUAAUCUUAUCAGACUACUCAAAGUCACCUAUCUCAGCAAACAAAUAUGGAGAUUCAGUUCCACCAUAUGGCCAUAUUGUGUUAAGCCCACCCCUACUUCACAGUACCCCAAUAUCGGUGGGUCUUACACCAAUUUUAGUAAUUUGCAUCAUGAAUAUUGGUGGUCACUACAGCAGCACCAUUCCUGCAGAAUGCAUGUUUCGGGUGUGCCCCAAUCCUUUGUUUUUGCUCCUGUGAUAUUGUGUCAGUAUUGUGUUAGCACCCCUCCCCAGUAUUAAAUCAGUGGAGCCUGUUCUUAUUAUUAUAGUUUUGUGUGCUAACAGCUAUUGCCAAACACACACUUACACUUCAUAGGCUCUUCCUAUUUCUUGGAAUACCAAUAAUUGUUAUAUAUACAUCAUUUCCGUGUAUAUAAUUAAGUCAUUUCUGACUCUGACCUUAGUGUUAAUUUUUAUUAUCUUGUUAUUUCUUCCAAGAAUUCUUCAGGUGAUGGAACGGAUGAAAAAAGAUGUAUCUUAUUGUGUCACGGAAAACUUCAGUUGAGAACACUGCAGCAUUGCUUUCAUCUAAAAAACAUGGAAAUGAAAUGCGGUAACUUAUCUUUAUUCAUUAUUUUCACAUAUACUAUACUCAGUAUCUUUUAAUUAGAAAGCCCAUUUUCAUGUCAUUUCUUUUUAUAUAUAUAUUUCUUUUUUUUCAUAUUUGGCUAUUUUUUAUGAAUCUUCCAUUUUAGGUGAUCAAUGACAUAAAAUGAUUUAUUUACCUUUGCAUCCUUUAAUAGUUUUGCUUCUUCUGAAAACCAAAUGGCUAGGCUUACAAUGUACAUGUCCGGCACACCAACAACACACAUUACCUUUCGAUCCACAAUCUGAAAAACAUGGUCUGUCAGUGGAGAUGGGAGUUAUAAUUGUAGAAUUAGGUGGAGUUAAAAUCAAGGACAUUACAAAGUAGCACCAACUCCUGAUGCUUGAGCCCAAAACUCAAUGAUGCCCACAAUGACAGAGAGGUGACGAUAUGUGGAGGCAUAUCCCAUCUCUCUAUGUUAUGUCCUCUUCUCUCUUCCUAUGAACAGCAUCUCAAUUAAUCUUUACCUGAGUCAAACACAUGCUGCACAGCGGCAUAUUCAAUGUAAUCCCACCAUGCUGUUAACUAAUAAGGGGUGUAUUGCAAAGUUCUGUGCCAUCAACAUUUACUAACAGUCUCCUUCCCCUUAGUAGUCCUACAGAGCACUAUAUAAAUGAUCUUUCUUUUUAUGCCUAGUGGCUUCAUUGAGUAAUAGUAAAAAUAUAAAUACACAUAAAUACUCUCCUGUAGGCUGUAGAGCAGGGGUUCUCAACCCAGUCCUCAGGACCCCCUACCAGUCCAGGAUUUGGGGAUUACCUGGGUGUGUCUCAGGUGUUUAGAAAAAGGGAAAAAAACACCUUAGACUCUAAGGUGUUUUUCUUUUCUUUUUCUAAACACCUUAGACACACCCAGGUAAUCCCUAAACCCUGGACUGGUAGGGGGUCCUGAGGACUAAUGUUGAGAACCCCUGCUGUAGAGGGUCCCACAUUUAGUGCUUCAUCCUCCAAAGCCUCCAAUUAACACCUGUGGAUAAAAUAAUGAUAUGUUUAUUUGUGCAUAAUGAUUGACCCCUGUGCAUAAUUAUGUUAUGGGAAUUGUUACCUUUAAAAUAUUUUGAGAAUUUAGCUGUAUAUAUUGUCCCUAGGACGUGACUCAUAUUUCCAAGACCUAUCUAUUGAGUCCAUCUCUUUCAAAGAGACUGCAAGCAUUACGUUGUUACCUUCAUUUGACACUUUUGAAACCCAUUCUUAGGGCACACCGGUGGUUUAUUCCCUAAACCAGCAAUCGUUAUUUCUACAGAUUUGCUGUAUUGGCCUAAAAUGUUCAAUUUCCUUACCAUAUCUUUAUAAUUCUAUUUGCCUGUUAUAGUUCAUUUGGGUGCUAGGUCUUUUUUUGGUGACAGCAAUUCAUAACUUCAAAGGGAUAUUGAAAUGAACGCAUGGAAUCUUUUCCUCCAAAAUUUGAAAAAUGUAAAGACAAUGAGUUUCCAAUUUAGAUUAUAAUAACUAAAACUGCAAAAAAAUAUCUUUGCAAUUCUGUUAUUGCAAGCCAAGUGGAUGGUAUACAAAUUGAAUACACAGUUUUGGAGGCAAUAACAUAGAGAUAUUUUUUUGUCAUGUUUACAAUGUAAUUUUUUAUGAAUAUACCCCCAUAGGGAAGGAUCACCAGGCUCUUGAUGCAUACACGUUUAUUAUCUGUAACACUGGUCAAUACACAAGUGUGACAACAAAGAAAGAAAAAAAAAGAAGCAUUUCAAAAAUAUAAAAUCUUUAUGAAAUGUUCAUAGAGACUGUGCUGGAAUUUCAUUGUAAUUCUAACAAAAUCAAAAAAUAUCAUAAGACAAGUUGGGGCAAUAUAUAAUUGCUCCCUUUGACAAACAAAUUGACAAAAGGCAGAGCUACCAAUGUCAAGUCAAAUCAUUGGAACCACAGAGAGUUGGCAUGGCAAGUUGAGAAAACAUUGGUCAUACAGAUCUACAUAUAGAUGUCAGAGGUACAUUUAAUGAAAAUAUCAAACAUAUAUCAAUUGCAGGGAGAUUUGAAUCAUUUAAUCACUUAGAAUAUUUUUUUAUUUUGCCUUAGGAAUGCUGUAUUUGUCUAACUACCUAUCUAUUUAUUUAUGGACUGGCCUAAUCUCUCAGGUUCAAGGUGGAUCACUCUCACAGAAGAUGGAGAAGGCUUUGUCCCUUUGAUAUUCAGAAGCAACCAAGAGGUCAUCAUUAGGGACGCGAGUUUGAAAUCCUAGAGCUAAUUCUAGACUAACCUCAAAAUAAAAAUCAUAAUGUGAGUGUGGACAGAGGUAGGAUCACAAUGGAUCGCAACUUUGGCUGUAAACCUUUUGCAGUGGGAGUGAUAGUUAUAUGGGGUGUGGGAUGUGAAAUUAAUAAACAGUAAGCUCAUUAUAUUAACCUUGUUGUGUAUACAACUUUUAUUUUCAAUAUGAUUUUAACUUGAGAAUCAUUGCUAUUUGCUAGACUUACAUUUUUUUUUACAAUAAGUAUCAGCAGUGUAAGAUAUAAUUCCCAAGCCAGUUUUCAUCAAUGUAGCUAUUUGUUCUCCUGAAGUCUCUGCUUUUAAAGCCCGUCUGAUUUAAAGUUAGGUUAUAGCAGGUCAUUGACAAUCCCACAGCAAACAUAUUGCAUCUAUUUAGAAAGCUGAUCGCUGCUUGUAAUAGUAUAGUAAUAGGGAGGAUUAGGAAUGAAGAACAAUAGAAUUUAUUAUUUCGAAAGAUCAUGUGUUUUCUAAAAAAAAUAAAAAAAUCACUUGUAUGUGUGUGAGUGUAUGUAUGAGUUUGAGUGUGUGUG